AUGCAUGGUGGUGGCGAUACUCCUCCCGGUAGUCCAACGAAAGCAGGUGGCCAUGCAUGGAACUCGCCGCGUGAUGUUCGAAUGGACACUGCAAAGCCUUAUGGCGUACUCGGGAGAGAUGCUCUGAUGCAAACUACAAAAGGAUGGAGUGAAGAGGAUAUCAAAAUGGAUACCGCAAAGGGGCUUCCCGAUACUUAUAUUCAGAGACCUCCACCUCUGAAACUUUGGGAACGUGAGCUGCUGGAAAGUCCGGAAGUCAAGAGAAAAGCGACUGUUGCGCAGCUUUAUUUCUUGGACUACUAUUUUCAAUUGGUGGGAUACAUUAAGAACCGAAAGGAGCGUCGUGCUUUGUUCGAUGCAGACACAAAAUCGCGUGAGCUGACAUCCGAGCAAUACAAUGCCGAGUAUAAAUCGUACUGUGGUCGUGAACGUGUCCUGCUCCGCAAACGCCGUGCCAAGCUGAGGGUGGAGCAAUUCCAUAUAAUUGCUCAGGUUGGACAAGGAGGCUAUGGUGAGGUCUAUCUUGCACGUAAAAGUGAGACCGGGGAGGUUUGUGCCCUGAAGAAGAUGAAAAAGCGUACUCUCUUCAAGAUGGAUGAGAUCCGCCAUGUUCUGGUGGAGCGGGACAUUCUUACCGCGACGAAAACUCCAUGGCUUGUGCAGCUUCUCUACGCCUUUCAAGACGCGCAACAUGUGUAUUUGGCAAUGGAGUACGUACCCGGAGGUGAUUUCAGGACCCUAUUGAAUAAUUCGGGGGUGCUCAAAGAAGAGCAUGCCCGGUUCUACAUUGCUGAAAUGUUCGGCGGUGUCUGGGAGCUCCAUAAUCUAGGAUAUAUUCAUCGGGAUUUGAAACCAGAGAACUUCUUAGUGGACGGGUCUGGUCAUGUCAAGUUGACUGAUUUCGGUCUCGCCACGGGAGCGCUUAAUCCACAGCGCAUCGAGAGUCUUAAGCACAAAUUAGAUAAAGUGAAAGACAACGAGAUCAUUUAUCGCAGCACCAUCGACAGGCGGAGCUUGUACCGAAGCAUGCGUAUGGCAGACCCUCGCUAUGCGGACUCCAUUGUCGGCUCUCCUGACUACAUGGCCCCUGAAGUUCUCCGCGGCAAGACCUAUAGCUACUCCGUAGAUUAUUGGUCGUUGGGUUGCAUUCUAUUCGAAUUUCUCGCAGGAUUCCCUCCAUUUUCCGGAGGCUCUCCUGAAGAGACUUGGACCAACUUGAAGAACUGGCCAAAAGUCCUUCGUCGUCCCCAGUACGACAAGCCUGAGGACCUUGUCUUCAACCUCACAGACGUGGCCUGGGAUUCGGUAACUAGGCUUAUCUCGCACGAGUCCCUCCGAUACUGCACACCCAACCAAGUGCGCAGUCAUCCGUUCUUCUACAGAACCGCCUGGGACCGCCUCCGCUCCACCCCGCCUCCUUUCGUCCCCGCACUUGAUUCAGAGACUGACACUGGCUACUACGACGACUUCACGUCUCCUGAAGACAUGGCCAAAUAUGCUGAGGUUCGAGAGAAGCAGAAGAAUGUGGAUGCUGUCAAGGAGAAAGAUGAUAAGUUUGGCCGUGGCGUAUGGGUUGGCUUUACAUUUGGCAAAAAUGGUGCAGGGGCCAACGCCAAGGCGCACGUCCCGACGGGCUCUCCUGGAGGCGUCGAAUCCGAUGACGGAGCCCUCGCAACAAUAUUCUAAUACUGCAUGAACUUUUUAUACGCCCUUUCGUCGUGGAAUCUUUCAAACUGAUCACCUCGUCUUCAUUGUAUACCCUGUGUUAAUCCAUCUGUUGUCAUUGUAACAUGUUCUGUCAAAAGUUGUUUCUUUGAUGACAUAUCAAGAGCUAUACUUGUGAGCCAAUGCAUGUACCGCCCUACAAGCUAACAGUAACAUACAUCCGAAUCAGUCAGUGGAAUCCAGUG